UCAAUGUCAAACUAAAUAAAAUAAAUAAUGUUUUGAGGUGUUGAGUGUGUGAGAUAUUUUCUUAAAAUAAAAUUACAUAUCAAUGUUUAAUUGAUUUUUUAAGGAUUGCAAAAUACAAUUUUUUAAACUGCUUACAAACUCAAAUAAUAAUCGAGAAUGUCGAUGCAGUGUCAAUUAUGGAUGGGCAGCCUGGAGCCGAAUAUGACGGAGAGUUUUAUAAUGGCUGCAUUUCAUCGGAUGGGACAGCGGCCGCUGGCUGUUAAAGUUAUGAGAAAUAAAUUUACGGGCGAACCUGCCGGUUAUGCGUUUGUUCAUUUUCAGACUGACGAGGAAGCAAUAGAUACAAUGCAUAAACUGAAUGGGAAACCCAUACCCGGCACUUUUCCUGUGGUGCGCUUCAGACUAAACACUGCAUCACGGGAAGCUCGAUCUAACAUGCAACAGGAGAGAGAGUUCUCGGUGUGGGUCGGUGACCUCAGUCCUGAUGUAGAUGACUACUCACUAUACAGGGUGUUUGCUGGGAAAUACAAUUCAAUAAAAACUGCUAAAGUAAUACUAGACGGUUCAGGCUAUACAAAAGGUUAUGGCUUUGUAAGGUUUGGCAGUGAGGAUGAACAGCGCAAUGCUCUUUAUGCUAUGAACGGAUACACAGGUCUAGGCAAUAAGCCUCUAAAGAUAUGUACAGCUGUGCCCAAACCUAAAGGAGCUGUCACUACACAAAACACAGCACCCACUACAAACACACCAUCUUAUAGCAGUGGGACGGAAUAUAACCACUAUUACGACCCAACGGCCUAUUGGAACAAUUACUCAGCGUGGUCGGGUUACUACGGUCAGGAGCAGAGCACGGCGCAACCGCCGCAGCAGCCCAUCGUGGACACCACGCAGCCGCCGCCCGCCACCAAACCGCAGCAGAAUGACGACUUGGCGCUCGUCGAUCACAAGAGGUCAAUCGAUGUGGAUCAACUGAACCAAGAGUUUUUGGACCCGGAACUUUGUAUAUGGGACGCGCUCGAGUCGUCGCAAUGGUUCCCGCACGAAAUCGUCGAAGCGCACUGAUUAUUUAGGGAACAUAAUAGCAAUUAAGUUAAAUAAAAUUAUCAUAGAACAUU